CUUCUAAGAACUGAAUAAGGUCGAACUUAUAAAAAUUGAAAAAAAAAAAUCGCCGUCCCGAAAUGUGAUAAGCAGCCUGCUAAAAAGUUAUUUUUUUUUAUCCAACUGAAAAGAAGUUCUACAACCAAUGUACCACGAGGCCUAGACCUUCAUUCAUAGCAUAGCAUAGGAAAGGAAUGGCGCAAACAAGCCCGCACCAUCUACUGAAUACUUCAUGGACCUCACACCGUCUCUCCCCACUCCACCAUGGGAACGAGUUCGAGACUCUACUCGAUAACCCCACAGCCCUAGAUACAUACGCCACACGCCUGCGCGAUCAUCUCACCAAUUCCCUCGCUAACGUCCAAGGCUGGCAGGCCGAAGAAGAUGCGCCUACUCUCUCUACCAUCGGUGCUCUCAAGUCAUGCACCUGGGCGACUCUCUCCCCCCUCUCCGACCUGGGUGGACAAACCCACCAGACUCAACGUGAGGACCACCAGGCCGGGAUCCUGGUGACCCUGGAAUACGAAAACAUCACUUACAAAGCUGCUCUGCUGGCUGCGCCGACUACAAGCGCUUCAGAGCCAAAGACGAAGAAGAAUAAGAAGAGCAAUCAGAAGAGGAAAGCGGAGUCGAACUCAACCUACCUCCCUGUACUGCUUACACGGCUACCGAGAUCCCUGCGGGAGAGCUUCACGGGGUUUCUCUCUGCGACGUUUGACACGUACUGUUCGCUGCUUCGACUACCUUCGAAGUUUAUGUGUGCCGCGCUGGAGACGUACGUUGGUGGCUUGAGUUCGAGGGCUGAAGGAAAUCCGUCGUCAUCGUCUGCACUCAUUGAGGACGUCAUCAAAGAAAUGCAUCUCACUUUAUCUUUCUCCCCGCCUAUCUCGCCUGCAUUGAAGUCGCUCAACUUGAGCAUUCCGCAGGCCUCACUUACGGCCUUUGUGCGCGCGGCUCCAUCUCCAUCCACCAUCGGGUCAGCUUCUGGUUCCGGCUCAGUGGAUGAUCAAGGCUCUUCUUCUGUGCUUUCGGGGCUUUCGGCUUAUUUAGAGAAACAUCUAGCUCUGGAUUCGGGUAUGAGAAUGGGGAUGGGGUCUGCUGGGGAGCCUUUUUUGGGAGGCGAGUAUGUGCGUUUAACAAGGAUCGCGUGCGCCGGGUUUGUUAUUACUGGUGAAGGGAGGGUGAAGUUGGUUGCACAGGCGAGGGACGGCGAGGGUGAAGAAGAAGAAGGUCGAAGUGAGAGAAAUCGUGCUGCGCUCAGAGCAAGUGAGUCGUUGCUUCGGGCUCUUUUGGGGCGGGGUGUUGCAGAAGAAUAAUUUCUUCUUCUUAUAUUUUAGGAAUUCUCUUUUAGUGUUGGUGCUGUAAGGAGUUAGAUACCAUCUAUAAAUCUAUUUUCAUUCAAAU